GAAGAGCUACCACGAUUCAAUUUAGAUUAGUAAUUUUAUUUUCUUUAUACACGCUACUAGCUGUUCUAUUCUAUACCAUCAAAUUAAAGUUCUCUUCAACUCCGCCGCCGUUUUAUAAGAAGAACCUUAGCUUUUACAGUAACGAUAUGAACAGAGUGCUUGCAGCUACUAGAAGCCGUUUUAUAGCAGACUUAAAUGCAAAUUCAAUCAAGAAUUGGACCAUUGUAUUAGGAAAUCAAGCGUCCGAUCUAGAUAGCUUGGCAUCUUCUAUAGCUUUUAGCUAUCUAUCUACAUUGAAAGAUUCCCCUGUGGUACUCAAAAACACUGUACCUGUCAUACAAUCAACAAGAGAGGACUUGAACCUCCGUCCAGAGAACAAACUAGCGUUAUCAAACGCAAAAAUAGACCUAUCACAGCUUACGUUUUACUCAGAUAUUAGUCAGAACAUAGAUCCAGCCACAAAUUACGCACUUGUUGAUCAUUUCGCCUUAGACAAUCAAUGGAAAUCACCAGAAUCAGACAUUGUAGCAGUGAUUGAUCACCACGAUGGCGCACCCGAAAGACACCCUUCUGCUUUAUUAUGGGAUAUCAGGACACCUGUUGGUAGUUGUGCAAGUCUCGUCACUGACAACUUCAAGAAGGUUUGGUCACAAUCUGAGAUAGAGAUAGACAUAGAGAGAUCUAUCGCAGAUUUACUUAUUCAGGCUAUAAUAAUUGAUACCAACAAUCUCAAGGAAGGCGGUAAAGCUCAACCAGUUGAUUACGAAGCUUAUGAUUUCCUUCUUCCAAGAUCAUCAUUCGGUGAUGGUGCUACUAGCAUGACAGUUUCUACCGCAUCAAACACUCUCACUGCAGGUGUUUUCAACAAUCUCUCAGAUUCUAAAAAUGACGUAUCGGCAUUAAACACCACCCAGCUACUCAAACGCGACUACAAGCGUGUAUACACCAACGAUGGAUUAAGCGUCGGUCUCGCAUCAGUUCCACUCAGUUUGGACACGUGGAUCGAGGAAAAUGCAGGAGAUAUGGCGAUAUUUGAGAAAGAAAUUCAAAAGUUCACAAGUGACGACGGGAAAGAUGAAGGUCCACUCGAUUUGUUAGGUAUAGGGACGAGUUACCACGACAAAAACAGCAAGAGUGGUCAUAAACAUAGACGAGAGUUGCUUCUCCACGUCCCAAUGUCUAGUAAACUAGCGGGAGUGUUUGGAAAACUCAGAGAGGGUAUAGAGAGUAACGAAAUUCUCAAAUUGAAGGUGAAAGAUCUUCAUCUCGAUUUGGCUGAUAGUGUGGCAUACACGCAAAAGAAUAGUGACGCUACACGCAAACAAUAUAUGCCAGCGAUACUAUCAGUAAUUGAUGAUAUAAUGUGA